AUGAAAUACCUCGAGUAUCCCGAGCUCGAGCUGCUCUCUCGAGCACUCACAUUCGAGUCGGCAGAGUGUAAGGUCUUCACCCGCAUGGAGGCCUACUCUUGCAAGACCGUCUCCAAGGAGAAGCGCCUCUUUAAGAGUCUCGAGUCUUCCUACCUCCGCUCCGCAUCCACAUCCCCGCCUGAUUAUCUCGAGGAGGCUCUCGCAUCUCCCUUCGGCCGUCUCGACCAGCCUUCAGCCCGAAAGACGCUCUUCCUGCUCAUCGCGACCCUCAAUGUCGCUUUCCCCGAUCACGAUUUUAGCGAAGUGAACCCUGCCGAUUUCCGCAAAGAGAUGAGCCCCGCCAUGGUGCUCAAUUCGCUCAGCACUACUCUGCUCAGCCUCAAGACUUCGUCCAAUGCUCCGCGAUCCUAUAGCUCUUUCCCUGGCUCAUUCGAAGAGCCCAGCUUUGCCCUCGGCACUACCGGCGAAUCGCCAGGCUCAGCCGGAGCAACCGCAUCGCUGCCGCCUCUCAUCACCCACCCGGCCCUUUCACACAUCCUCGACGACAUCAUGAACGUGUCCGACUGCGAAGUCUACACAUUCCACCCCGACAUGGACUCGGACCCGCACGCAAGUGCCGAGCCUGAAGAAGAGGGCGAUCUCGCCGAAGAUGACAUGUAUGAAGACGAAGAAUACUGGGAUGACGACAACCCGGGCAUGCGUGGUCGUGAAGACACUCCGCGUGCGCGGACGCACGGACUGACCGAUGACGACGAAGAAAUGGAAGACGCGCCCAUGUUUGACGAAGACGUGUACGGUCAAGGUCUGAGUGGGAGAAAGGCAGCACCGCACAGCAUUGCAACCAUCGGACCCGAUGGCAAAAUGGUGCUUUCACGAGCAGAAUUCGACCCCAGAGGAAGAAGGGCAUCUAUGGAAAAUUCGAGCCUCACUUCGUAUGAUUCCAGCUUCAACGAUGAAGACGACGACUUGGACGGCACCGGCGCCGGUCUGCUAUGGUCGACGUUUGCCUUUUUCUACAACCGCAAGAUGAAGCGUAUCCUCUUUGUUUCGGUAUGGAGCCGCAAGAACGCGCGAUUUGGUAUGCCCACCUCGUCAUGGGCGUACACACAACCGCCUCCCGUUCUUAGCGCUUCGCUGGGAUCACCGCAGGCCAGUUUCGGGCAGGUCGCAGCUUGUGGACGUCAACGAGCUCCUUCCAACGCCCUCAAGAAGCAAAUCGCUGCGGUUGCAUCUGCUGCUGCCGCAGCUCCAACGCUGGCAAAGCGCGCGAUUGCAAGGACCGAUUCCACCGGCUCGCUCAAGCGCACUGGAAGGCCUGGCCAUAUCCGCACAGACUCUGGCAGCCCUGCGCCUUCGCAGCUCUCGCCCUUUCCUCACGCUUCGCCGCGCGCAGUGCGCACCACUGACCCCAUGGAUAGCGUCGUGAUCGUCGAUGGUCGAAGGGCUAUCAACUCGCUCGACGCGGCUCUUCUGAGCGCAAGUGCGCCUGCUGCAGCAAAUGCAGGCAUCGGCGGCGCAAGCACUAACACAGCACGUCACACUCCGACAUCUGUACGCAGCAAACGCUCAUCUGACACCUCGUCCAGCGCGUUCGAUCAGAAACGCGUUAAGAAGCAGCCCGCUUGA